AUGAAGGUGCACGUCAAGAAUUGGCACGGAAUUGCGCAGUGGCGAUGGGACACGGGUCACUCCGACAUGGACGAUGACGGCGAGGGCGAUGUGUGCGGUAUCUGUCGCGUUCCAUACGAAGGAUGUUGUCCAUCAUGCAAGAUGCCUGGUGAUGACUGUCCGCUGAUCUGGGGAGAAUGCAGCCAUGUCUUCCAUAUGCAUUGCUUACUGCAGUGGAUCGCGACGUCUGCGUCCAAACAACAAUGUCCAAUGGAUCGAAGACCAUGGGUCACUGCCGAACGCAAGGCGAAUCGUGACGACAACGCUGCUAGAUGA